AUUUUGCUAGUUUGUGAGGUUUUUAGUUUUGUUGAAAAUAAAACGUUUAUAUCUAACUGACUUUGUAACAUAUUCAGUACCUUCCUGUUUAAUUUAGGAAACCAAUUAACGAAAUUCCUUGUCAGACGACAAAUAUAUAAAUUCGGGAUGCUGCGACCUAUUUCUACUAUCGGUCGCCGAAUAACUUGCGACAAAAAAUGCAAAGAAUUAAUUAGGAACAAAGUAGUUUAUCCUAGUUCUCUCCUGAAACCUGCAGAAAAACUUAAAUUAUACAAUAGAGAAAACAAAGACUUGUUUGGACCUUUACUAGAAACGAGCAAGCAAAAGAAACAGCGAUCGCAAAAAUCAGCUAAAAAUAGAAUUUCACAUCAAAACAACGACGCGACAUCGUCUAACGAAAAUACGUCUAACUUAAAAAGUGGCAAAGAAAAUGUGGUUUUGACUGAUUACUUUAAUUGUAAUCCAUUUCUCCCAGUGGCAUUAUUAAAAAGAAAAAUGUGGCAGAAUAGUAGAAAUUUAGUGAGCUUAGUUGGGGUUAUGAUUAAUAAUACAACCUGUAGGGGGUUGAAGACAUUCACUCCGUGCAAUGCCGCUCGAAGUUCCCCUGCUGAGCCGGGAUAUGCUAGUGAAGAUAGAAUCCUUCAAAUUAAACCACAUCAAAAUGAUUUCACCAAGCAAUACCCAUCUGUCACUCUGAUAUUGAAUAAAACUAUGACUGAGGAUUCCAAAAAUGCUUUAGAAAAAUGGAAGCAAGAAAGAAUAGCUGAAAUGGGAUUAGAAGAAUUUAAUAAAUUUUAUGAAGCACAAAUGGCAGUCGGCACCAAAUUUCACACUACAUUGAAGAAUUACUUCACACAACCCCAAACUCAAUUACGCAUUGAUAAAGAAGUAGAAGGAGUAUGGGUGUCAGUUGCUGAUGUGCUCAAAAGUAUUUCUUCUCCCAAGGCAAUAGAGUCCAAUGUUGUACAUCCUGUCCUGAAAUACAGAGGCAUAUUUGACGCCAUUGCAGAUUAUGAAGAUAAACCGACUUUAAUCGAGUGGAAAAAAUCGGAUAAACCUCGCAAAUCGAUAUCGUUAACUUACGAUAACCCUGUGCAAUUGGCAGCAUACUUCGGUGCAGUAUGCAAUGAUUUGAACUAUAAACAUUUGAACGUUCGAGACGCAUUGCUUGUUAUCGCGUACACUGACGGAUCUAAGGCUGAUGCUUACCACCUAUCGACUGAUAAAUUGCGAGAACAUUGGGCUCAAUGGUUAAUUAGGUUGGAGCAAUUCAUAAAGACGCAUGGUGAUGAUCCUGAGAAAAUACUUAAAGGUGGAAAGCGAUUGUUCGAGGAAGACAUAGGGAAUCUCCAAUAAGAUGUGGUAAGUUGUUGAGUGAUGUUUGAAGGCGGAGGUGCCUACCACUUAAUUGCUUAUUUUCAUGGGUCAAUUGCUUUAACGAGCGGGCUUUAACUGUACAAUGUAAAUUAGUUAUAUAGCCAAAGCGAAAGAUCAGUAAAUUUUUAGAAUCAAUUUUUUUUUUGUUUUACCUAUGAAUGCACGGCUGCACGUCAGGUUACCACAAUAUGUCAAAUUUCUGCAAUGGAUUUUGACCUCUACAGUCAAUGUAUUAUGUUUUAAAAUCGAUUGGGAAAAAUUGACAGAUUUGUAUGUUGUUGACUGUACUACAAUCUGACUAAAGUAUAAAACAUGAAAUGUUUCGCUCUAACGC